AUGGAGGAGGAGGAGGCCUCCUCGUCCUCGGCUGCCGAGUCUAAGGCGGCCGAAUCAACGCCCGAUCCACUCACUGGAUCGCGCGAACGCGUGAUGAUGAUCCGGACGCUUCAAGUUCAAAGCGUCCGCGUACUGGAGAAGAGGCACAGCAGCCACCAGAGCCGGUGA